AUGGGUGGAGGAGUUAGAGACGAUAUUCAUAGUAUUUUGGAACCUUCAUCAACUACGCAGGAUGGUAAUAAAAACAAUGAGAGAACCCCUUUCAUGGAGGCAGGAUCGCAGGUGAAGGUGCCCAGAGAGUCCACACUGGUGCCAGAGAGUAUGCCCGUAAUACGGAGUAACUCCAAAAAUCCGUUUCUGUACUAUCCUGAGUCUUCAUCACCAGAAGAUGCCAGUUGUAGCAGCACUCCUGGUUGUCCGCGACGACCUGGACGUCGAAGAAGCGUUUUACAGCGUGUUAUCGUGCGGAGAGCGUCGAAGACUCGCGUCUCAGUGCAUCCUCGGCCAGCCCCUGAGCAUUCGAAAUCCAAGAAGGAUACCGCGUCCAACCUUAGAGAUAGCCUGGAAUCAGAAGAUGAUAAAAACUGCGAAAAAAUACAAUCUACGAAAUUUUCACCAUUUUCGGUCAGUAGAAGGGAAGAGCCAGUUCCUCCACCUGAUGUAACAAGACGAGAUUGUGAUGCAGGAGGUGGUGGCGGUCCGCCGUUCCUCUUCUACAACGAUUCCAGCGCGUCGUCAAGUAAAUCGAGCCAUGACGAUGAUGUUGACACUGUGCGCGAAGGAGUCUAUGUAGAUGACCUACUCUCCUCAGAUUCCUUGGCCUCCUCCUGCGCGCAGGAUACAACUUACAUGAUGAAUAACAGUACAACAGCGACUUACAAUCAUACAAACUCUCGCUCGCCUGCGGCGAAGCAACGACAAGAAGGUAAAAAAGCGGCCGAUGAAGUAAUCUUCUUCGAUGAGGCAGCACGUGCUUUUGUAUCCGGACCCGCGAAACAAGAAGGCGAGUACGAAUCGUCGAAAGCGGCAUUGGAAUUUUUGUGUGAAAGAAUUUUCCCUCACCUUCCGCAGUAUGCGCUGCAUACCUCUCUCUAUCUCCUCAAGUUUUUCAGCGUCGUUCUUCUUGAGAAUGAUCGCGAAGGAGGUCGCGGCCAUAAAAAGUUAUCUGGGCGGGCGCGGUUGCUAGCAAUCCUGGGGAACUCGACCAUUAUGGAAUGCCGUCAAUUGUUGAUUCAAGUACUUAUACAAUGUGGAAACAGAGUUUCGGGAUGUAGAUGCCUCUACGUCAUCAAGAAUAAAAAUUCUGGUAACCUCCAAAGUAGAUUUUAGCAAAAAGCCAAAUGAUCAUGCAUGGUGCUUCGGAUACAGAUGGGGUCUAGAUGUAGAUGUGCGCCAAUUCCUAGCCCCUCCACUGUCACCCCCUUCACUGUCACUGGGCGUAGGCCAUAUGGGUCACCGAUGGACCGUCUUGCUGAAGCAUUUGCGACCCUAUUUUGUCGACCCCAGGCAUACCGCAACGAAUUCUGGGUAGGUGUCGCACCUGCAGAGGCCCUGCUGAAGGCCGCUGUGAUGAAUAUCGACGCCUUGUUAGACGAAUGGACUUGAUACUAAAGGAGGCUUUGGUUUUCUAUUUCUUGUUUUUUUCCUGCCUCUCGUUGAUUGCAGCUCUGCUUUCGUCCAUUUAAGUAUAGCUGUAAAGAAAGUAGGGGAUAGAUGAUUCCUCUUGGGUACCAAAAAUACUGGGAAGAGAAAAUGUAAAGUACAGGUAAAGAGAAAGAGACUAUCAUGCAGAUGUUUUCUUGGGUUGUAACAUUUUUUUUGGUUUUUCUUUUCUAUGGUUCAUUCUUUCAUUUUUGCGUGUCUAUCGCCAGAGUUGAGCACGCGAUUCCUGGUUACAGUACAUUGCAAGAUGAACUACAUCAAGCUUGGAUGCACACUCGACGACAAAAAGCCACGGACAGAUCUGACUGUUGUCGCAGUGACAAAGAAAUUCCAAUUGUGAUAAUUCCUAAGGCAGUCGCUCUGCAGAUAGAACGAAAACAUAAAUAGUCGAAGC